GGAACAUCCUGUUUUCUGCCCAAUAAAUAACACUUGAUAAGAUUUCUUCUGUUGCUGUGUUUGUCAUAAACCAGCAGUAUCAUUUUGAUGUUUUUACCUUCUCUGACACAAGGAUAAACAGCGAGACCAUUAUGAGAAUGGAUCUAAUGGAAAUUGAGGACAACCCAUAUAUAAAUAAGAACCUCAGAAUGGACGUAGAUUUUCAGAAAAAAAAGAAGCCCUCAAAAUGUGCGACAGUGUGUCUUGGAUUACUGUGUGCUCUCCUGUUGGCUGGCAACAUAGGACAGUUUGUCUACUAUGAGAUAUUCAGCCAUCUUGGGUCAGCAGACCCAACACAGGCCAGCUACAACACUGAAGAAGAUCAACUGCAAAGCCGUUAUGAUGCUUUAACUGCAGAGAGAAAAGAGUUAGACGACAGACUGACUGACCUGACGAAAGAAAAAGACCAGUGGCAGCAAAGUUACAACAACUUAAAACAAGAGAGCGAUCAGUUACAGACCAAUCACAAUAAACUGACAGCAAGUAAAGACCAGCUACAGACCAAUUACAGCAACCUGCAAAGAGAAAAAGACCAGCUGCAGCAAAGUUACAACGACUUGAAACAAGACAAAGAUCAGCUACAGAUAAGCUAUAAUGACACGCAGAGGAAUCUCGACAGGUUGCAGACAAAUCACAAUAAACUGACAGCAAGUAAAGACCAGCUACAGACCAAUUACAGCAACCUGCAAAGAGAGAAAGACCAGCUGCAGCAAAGUUGUAAUUCUGUGACGACUGAAAGAGACAAAGUUAAAGCCAGUUACAACAAUCUGAAAAAUGAUAAAGACCAGUUACAAGCAAGUUACAACACCUUAAAACAAGAGAGCGAUCAGUUACGGACCAGCUACAAUGACAUGCAGAGGAAUCUUACGGGGCUACAGACUAAUCGUGAUACUCUGGCAGCAAGUAAAGACCAGUUUCAAACCAGAUACAACAGCCUGCAAAGAGAAAAAGACCAGUUACAGACCAGAUACAACAGCCUGCAAAGAGAAAAAGACCAGUUGCAGCAAAGUUGUAAUUUUGUGACAACUGAAAGAGACAAAGUUAAGGCCAGUUUCAACACUCUGAAAAAUGAGAAAGACCAGCUACAGACCAGAUACAGUAACCUGCAAAGAGAAAAAGACCAGUUGCAGCAAAGUUGUAAUUCUGUGACAACUGAAAGAGACAAAGUUAAGACCAGUUUCAACACUCUGAAAAGCGAGAAAGACCAGUUACAAGCAAGCUACAACACCUUGAAACAGGAGAGUGAUCAGUUACGGACUAAUCACAAUAAUCUGGCAGCGAGUAAAAACCAGUUACAGACCAGAUACAACAGCCUGCAAAGAGAAAAAGACCAGUUGCAGCAAAGUUGUAAUUCUGUGACAACUGAAAGAGACAAAGUUAAGGCCAGUUUCAACACUCUGAAAAAUGAGAAAGACCAGUUACAGACCAGAUACAACAGCCUGCAAAGAGAAAAAGACCAGUUGCAGCAAAGUUACAAUUCUGUGACAACUGAAAGAGACAAAGUUAAGGCCAGUUUCAACACUCUGAAAAAUGAGAAAGACCAGUUACAGACCAGAUACAACAGCCUAGCGAUCAGUUACGGAAGCUGUUACUAUAUGUCAACUACGCGGAAAUCCUGGACAGAAAGCAGAGAAGACUGCAAGUUAAGAGGAGCAGAUCUGGUCAUCAUUGAGACCAAGGAGGAACAGCAAUUCGUCAGCAGUUUACUGAGAACAGGCCGAGAUGCUUGGAUUGGUCUGACUGACAGUCAAUCAGAGGGGACAUGGAUGUGGGUGGAUGGGACAGCCGUCACUACAACGUUCUGGGCGGAAAACCAGCCCAACAGCUACGUCUGGGAGCAGGACUGUGCAAAAGCUAUGCAGGACUCAGACGGACGAUGGAAUGAUUAUGGCUGUUUUCAUCAACAGUACUUCAUAUGUGAACAAUAACAUCACAAUUAUUCACACAGACAAUGAUGGUCUGUGGCUUUGGUCUUUGAUUCUUACAUACAGUACAGGCCAAAAGUUUGGACACACCUUCUCAUUCAAUGCGUUUUCUUUAUUUUCAUGACUAUUUACAUU